AUGGUGGAUGCUGGUGAAUUUGAUCAAAAUGACAAAAAAUAUUUCUAUCUUAAUGUUAUCCAUAUAAAGAUUGCUGCAAGAUUUGUUGUUGGAUUACAUUGUAUUUUACUUAUUAUUAAUCUUAUAUAUUCAAUGACAAGGACAUCAACAAUUAUGUUAUAUUCUUGGAUAAUAUCAUCAUUUGCCAUUGGAUUAAUUGGAUCAUUAUUUUAUGGUGUUUAUAAAGAAAAACGACAUUUUGUAUUACCAUAUUUAAUUUUUCAAUUAUCUGCUAUUUUUUUAACAAUAUUAAUAUUUUUUGUUUUUACAAUUGGAGCUGCUGUAUCACCAACUAUGCUUACAACACUUGCAUAUGAUUUUGGAGGUGUAAAUUUAAAACAACCUUUAAAUGAAUUAACUAAAGAAUUUAAUACUUUUACUAUUGUAACUAUAAUCCUUGUAGCAAUGGCUUUUAUUUAUCAAAUAUUUUCAUUUCACGUGAUUUAUGAAUUUCAAAAAUUUUUGAAAAGCAGAGAAAGCAACUUUGAUUUCCCAGCAACAUCCGAAAUGGAUAUGUCUAUUGCAUAA